UACACACACCACCAACACAACUUGAUACGCAUCUAUCGAUAGUAUCGCAUGAGAAUAGAUCCUAGUUCCACCUCUAAUGUGCGUUGGGUUAUUUAUUUUUUUUCCUGUGAUUUGUUUAUUGAGUGAGCCAUGCGCCGCACAAGUUUGAAGUGAAACGCGAUCGGCAAAAACAAUAAAUCCCACCACAAAGUGGAGCAGCAACCGCAAAUAAAUAAAAACAUAAAUAAAAGUGCGCCCGCCCGAAAGUAGGAGAACAACAAACCGCAUAGGAAGCAUCGCGAAACGCCAUUAAAGGUCGGCAGAUGGGCGGCCCACGGACUGACGUGCCCUCCGCUGGCCAUUCUCCUCGUGCUUGCUGCCGUUGUUGUUGUUGCGGCUCCCAAAGCAGUUGCAGUUGUUGUAGUUGUUGUUGCAGUUGCAGUAGCUGCAGCGGACCAGCGGCCACAGCGCAGUGAGAGCGAGCGGGACGGCAAGCGAGCGCCACUGAAGGUGCGAGCGAGAGCCCCACGAAAUGGUCUCGAAGAAGCGCUCCAAUGCCGCCGAGCGUGUUCAGCGUUCGACGGCGACUGCGGCAGCGGCGGCAGCAGCAGCUGCCGCAGCAGCGACAGCGUCCUCGACGCAGGGCAAGAAGAGGCCCGGGAAACAGACGAAGGGCUCCGGCGGCUGCGACGAGGCGGAUGACAAGAAGUCAGCCAGCAAGACAGAUUCGGCGGCCAAGAAGCCGGCCAAGGAUCCCACGGGAUCAUCGGGCGCGUCCACAGCCACCACGGAGGGUGGUGCUGGAAAUGGAGGAGGAAAACCCACGACCUCCACCUCCACAUCAUCCACAUCCUCGGCAACCGCCGCGUCCGCAUCUGCAUCCGCUUCCAACAGCCUAAAAUUGUCGCCGGAGGAACGACACGAGGAUGGCAAGGCGCGGGCCAUAAACAAGAUGCUUAAGAGCCUGGAUAUCAAGAUCCACGGCUUUGACAACCUGCUGCCCAGCGGCGAAGAGCGGCUCAACGACGGCGUGCUGAAGUCCUCCAUUUCGGAGAAUGUCAAGACCAAGUCGCGCGCAGCGGCGGUCAAGGUGAUUUCCAGCCUGAAUCCCGGCAAGAUGCCGCCUGUAAAGCGAGUGCGUCCCUCACCGGAGCCAGUCAGAGAAAAAGUUGCGGAGAAGCCGACAGAAAAGGUCCUCGAGAAGGACAAACCGAAGGCGGAGCAGCAGAUCACGCCGCCUCCCGCUCCAGAGGAGUCUCCUGCCGCAAAGGUGCCCAAGAAGACGGUGCAGCAGGCCAAGAAGGCCAAGGUGGAGCCAUCAUCAGCACAGGCGACAGUUGCAACGACAACUUCCGCAGCUACGUCAGCACCCAGCUCCGCCACUUCCAAGCAUACAGCGACAAAGAAUCCUGGCAAGAAAUCAGCCCAUUCAGAGCAGCUGCCGAAAAAGGAGCUAUCCAAGCUGGCCAAAAUGGGCAAACCUAAAAAGGAAGCCAACUUGGUGAAGAGCACUGCCCGUUUGCCCGACUCCAAUACGGAAUCUGUGCAAAUGGACCUGGAGGAGAUUGUCAGUACGCCCACGGUGACGCCGACGCCUUCGGCCACGCCCACGGCGACACCGACGCCCACAGCCACGCCCACGCUUACGCCAACGCCCACGGCCACACGGACAAGAACUCCCACGCCGACGCCCACGCCCACGCCCACACCCACCUCGACUCCCUCAUCCACUGCCAUUGCGGCGGGGCAACCCGGUCCACCGCCGCCACCACCAGGGGGCGCACCCAAACAGCGACCGAAGGUGAAGUACACGAAGACAUCGGCGGGAUCGAAGGGUCGCAUGCAACAGGCGCUGAACCAGAAGGCACCGGCUGCCUCAUGGAGCGGGGCCAAGGACAUAUACGACUUCAAGUCGGGAUCGGAGGACGAGGAGCCGAUCAAGAUGGUGCUGCCGUCGCUCAAGGAGCUGCGCGAGUUCUCAGAUGAGGAUAACAAGCCACUGAAGCUGUUCGAGCGGCAGGCUGAGAAAACAAAGGUUCAGGUGGAUGAGGAGGAGCAGCCACUGGUCAACAAGGAGGAGAAGCCACCGCCCGAGAAGGAGGUGAAGGUAAAGUCCAAGGAAAAGGAGAAGGAAAAGGAUAAAGACGUAGAUCCUUUAAGCAACGCACAGCAGUCCGAACCAGCAGCCAAGCACACCACCAGUACUAGCACCACCACAACCACCUCCACCACGUCGGUUAAAAAGCAAGCCAAGCGGAAGAUAGCCACUCCAAUGCCCUCCAGUGCGGGGCGCAAGAAGAAGCCGGUGGGCAAGGGAAAGGCCGCCGCAGCGAAGGAGCCUCCUCCCAGCGGCAGCUCCGGAGAGAGCAGCUCCUCCGAGGACGAGCGAAAGCUGAGUGCAUACAGUGGGCCCAAGCGACACCGGAUGGCGUCGCUCAACGCGCUGGCCAAGGUGCAGUGCCUGUACGAGAACGAAUCCCGGACGGCCCAUGAGCUGGGCCUGUCCAAGGCGACGCAGCAGCCGCCGCGCAUCCGCACGCUGGACGGGAGUGACGACGACAACCACAAGGACUCGCCGCGUCACGGGGACACGGACAGGGACAAGGGAUCCGUGAGUCCGCCGCACACAUCGGCUGCGCCUCCAGCCGCGCCGAUUGCUCCGCCCAAGGAGGCGGAGCCACGUAGGGAACUGCGCUACGUGCCCGGAGGCAGGGGAGUGGGCAAGCACUGGGAGUUCGACAGCGACAGCGAGACCGAGGAACUGCAGCUCCAACAGACCUUGCCCCCAGUCAAGAAGAAGAAGCUGCCCAAGAAGGCGCCGCCCAAGAAGGCCGCGCCCAGCGAAACGGAAGCCAAGCGGAAGAAGAAGUCGGUCCAGGUCGAGGAGAGCGACGAUGAGGAAGCCAAGGAGAAGGAAAAGGAGAAGGAGAAGCCGAAGCCACCCAAGCAGCUGCCCAAGAAGCGCAAGACGGCCUUCACCGAGGAGCUGAUCGGCGACUACAAGGGCAUCCUGGCCAGAAAGCGCAUGGCCAGCCUGAAUGCCAGCGCCAUUGUGGCGGCCACCUACGAGGUGGAGCGUCACUUGGACAAGAAUUUGGCCAGCGAUUGCAGCAGUUUCGAGAGCUACGACGAGCUGGACACGAUGCCAACCACGACUAGCAAGGUGACAUCUGCGGCAGCUAUCAAAACCGAGGUGAUCCACAUCAAAAAGGAGCCCAAGGAGUCCAAGGAAUCCCUGCGCGAGCGGGAACGCGAAAGGGAGAGCGAGCGCAGGCGGGAGCGGGAUAACGAGCUGAAGGACUCCACCGUCGGCAAGAUGUCCAGCCACUCGAUCAUCGAGGAGAGCAACGACUCCAAGUACUCGAAGGAGACGAAGGAAACCAACACGGACACCACCAUUACCACCACUGGCUACCGCGACUCGGCGGCCAGCACCAAGGACGCCAAGGAUUGCAGCCGGCCCACCUCCUCGUCGGUCGUCAUUGUCCAGGACACGGACGUCACCAUCACCGGCGUCUACGUUAACGCCAGCAACGGCGCCGCCCAGGAGGCCUACUGCAAGAUGCAGUACCGCGUCCAGUCGAGCGUCACCGAGGAGCGCGUCCUGCGCCCCGGCUCCGUGGAGCCGCCCAAGUCAUACACGCCGCUCAGCGCCCUCUCCAGCAUGCUGCCGCCGGGAGCCAGCUCCGGACUCAGCGAAGCCCACAGUUCGCCGCCGCUGCCUGUCCAUGCGGCGCCGACGGGACCGCAUGUCCUCCUGCCCGGCGAGCACCUCAGCGCCGGCAUGUACCACGCCCCCGAUCUCGGCCUGCACACGGAGCACGCCCUGCCGGAUCACCACGGACCGCCGCCGCCCUCGUACGCAGCUGCUGCAGCAGCUGCCGCUGCCGCCGCCGCCUACCACGCCCACCAGCUGGCGCCGGGUGGCGGCGGAGUGCUGCACAUGCACCACCAGCACCAGUAUGCCGCGCACGCGGCCCACGCACAUCACUACCAGCAGGCGGCCGAGUACCACGGCGGACCACCCCCGCCACCGCAUCAUUACGGCGGUCCGCCGCCCCAGGGCCACUAUGGACCGCCGCCGGGUGCACCUGUUCCGGUGCCAGUGGCCGUGCCCAAUACGGUGACCGUGCCGCCCGAGCGCUGCGACGUGGGCUCUCCACCGCCAUCCUACCGCGCCAGCGCCUAUCCGCCGCCGUCUAGCGUCGGCAUGCCGCCGCCCACUUUGGGGGGCGGGUCGAGCGCCUUCUGCGCCCCCAGUCCGCUCCACCAUCACCAGCAUCAGCACCAGCAGCCGGGCCCAGGAGUUGGGCCACCGCAUCACGAUCCCAGUGGUUACUAUCAGCCGGCUGGACCGCUGAUCUCGCCGCAUGUGAUCGCCGCACCUCCGCCGCCUGCGCAAGUGAAGAAGCUGCAGGAGGAGGACGGUCCCGUUCCAGCCGCCGGUUCGCCCACGCAGCUGCAACAGCAACAGGCGGCCGCAGAAGCCGCCGCCGCCGCCGAUCAGGCGGCAGCCCAAUCCCAGUCACAGUCGCAGGGCCAAACGCACGGACACGCCCAUAGCCACGCCCACAAUCCGCAGCAGACGCAGCAUCCGCCGCAGCCACAGCCGUAUCCGGCCGGCGCCGUGGCGGCCGCAGCAGCGGCAGCCGCCGCCCACCAGGGUGUGCCCUACUCCCGCUCGAUGCACGCGGCCCAGAUGCACUACUCUACCGGCUAUCCGCCCAAUUACUACGCGCCAUAUCCGGGCGAGGUCAUGUGCUACUCGCCGCCCACCUACCCGCCCUACUUCUCGAGCAAGGUCUAUCAGCCGUCGCAUCCCGCCCAUCCCGCCGCUCAUCCGCAGGGUCCGCCGCCGCCGGGCGCCUAUCGCCGUUACCCCUACUAUCAGCACGCGGGUCCGCCGCCGCCGCACGAGCUCUACGAACAGCAGCCGCCCCCGCCGCCCGUCUCAUCCGGAUCGGUGUCUGGGCCGGCGCAGCAGCAACCGCCCACCAGCAGCUCAGCAUCUGUAGGCGCAGCCGGAGCAGGAACAGCGGGAGCACCAACCGGCAGCCAGUUGGUUCCGGCCCAUCAGCAACAGCACCAGCAGCAGCACUUGGAGCACUAUCCGGGACCGCCCAGCUACUACGCCGGAUACAGUCCCGGCGGAGGAGCAUCCGCCGGUCAGUGCUACACGCGCGGACUGCAAGGACCGUAUAUGGAAUAUCCACCGCAGUGUCCCUGCCCAAUGCCUCAAUCGUGUCCAAAAAACGUCCAUACUGGGCCUCAUAUUGGUAGCAACAUCAUCAGCAACAUCGAUCAGAGCAGCAGCUGCAGCAGCAGUAUGUUGCUGAGUGCCACGAGCAACAGCAACAUCAGCAGCGGCAGCAGCAGCAGCAGCAGCAGCACCUUGCCUGCCUGCAGCAGCGCUACGACAACAACCACAGCGUCAGCAUUGACUACCAGUAGAGGCCCAGUGAAAAAUGUGACCCCCAACAACAGCAACAGUAGCAGCCACACCAGCAACAGUUGCAGCACCAACAGCAGCAGGAGCAGCAACAACAGCAGUAACAGCAGCUGUCAGACAAUUGAGACGACCUCACGGGCAACAGCAGCAACCAACACGACAAGCACGACGGCGACAACCGCCACAACAGGCACCCAGUGCCAGAUGCUGGUGAAGACGGAGCUGAAGGGCGAGAAUCCUCAGGUUACCAAGAUGCAGUACGAGGCACACGUGAUGCCGCCGCCCACGCCGCCGGAAAGCUACUGUGCCAGUGACGAGAAGCUGCUCGAUGACCAGGAGCAGGAGGCCGAGCUGGAGCUCCGCCUGCGUCUGGGAUUGGGCCUGGAGAAGAGUCACGGUGGGCAGCAGCACAUCGAGGCGUACGAUCUCACCUGUAGCACCCCGCCCCCAGUCACCGUGCCCCAGGCGGCAGCAGUGCCGCGCAAGGCGAGGAUUGGCAAGAGCAUGGCCAGGGAAAUGGUCUAUGCUGCCCAGCAGCAGCUGCUUCCCGAGAAGCAGUUGAAGCAGCCAAAGGAGGCGGCUGCGAAACAAGAAGCGGAACCAGAGAUGCCUUUCGUACUUAAAGCGGAAAUCAAAGCAGAGACCAAAAUCAAAAUCGAGCACGACGGCGAGGCGCAGGCCAGCACACAUAUCAGCGAACUGCCGGACCUGAAGCCCACCAUCAAAACGGAGCCAGAGCAGGAGCUGGAGCUAGAAACGGCUUCAGUACCUUCUGUGGCCAAAACGGAACCGCAACCAGAAGAAAUGGAGGUCGAGCGGGAACAACAGGAACCGCCGGUUGACGAGGAGCAACAGCCUACGCCAGGCGGCAGCAAGCAACGCUUCAACCUGCUGGCCUCGUCCAGCGGCAACAAAAAGACGAAAGCAAACAACAGCUACAAGAGCCUGAUCAAGCAGGCGGAGCCCAAGAAUUACCUGUGCCCCGGUCGCAGGUUCAUCCGUCGACACGGACGUGCCCCGGCCAAAUAUGUCAAACGGCGUCAGAUGAUUCUGACGCAGCGGCAGCAGCAGCGAAUGCGUCUGCAACGCCGCGAACAGCAGCAGCAACGUCGCCAGCAACGCGAAGCGGCUGCAGAAGUAGUUGCAGCAGCAGUUGUCACUCCAUCUCUUCCCAUGGAGCAAGGAUCAGAAGUUUCCAUCGUUAAAGAUCAAGCAGCCAACAGCUCGGCCACGCCCAGUGCCUCGCCGAAAAGAGCACGUCCCCGGAAACAGGAGAUUGCUGCUCUGCAUCUGCUCGAAGGCUUGGACACGACGCUGAGUCGUGGUUACUUCAGUGACCCGGAACUGAAUCACAGUAGUCGCAAGCAGGCGCCGACGGCUGUGGGUGGGCUGUAUGCCGCGUCCUCGCCGCUAACUCCGGCGACCGAUCACAGGGGCAAACAGCCCACUGCCGAGAAGCGUUCCAAGUCGGAGACCAAGAAGUCACCGUCGGGAGAAAGUUCCGAGUCAGGUCUGCCGUGCAAGAAGCCGCGCAAACAGCCUGCUGGCAAGGCGAAGGGUAAGGGCAAGAAGGCAACGGGAGCAGCAGCGACAACAAUUGCGUCCACAGCUGAAACUCAGACGGAGGCCGUAAAUGCCAUCACUGCAUCCAACCAGGAGACGAACAACAAUGAGUAUCAGACGGCAGAUCUGCAGGCUCAAAAGUUCCGUGAGUCUCCGGCCGUCACUGAUGCAACAGCAGUGGGAACAGGGACAUCCACAUCAGUCUCCCAGCAGCAGCAGAACCAGCAACAUUCCGACGAGCAACACCAGUUCCUGGUGCCCAGUCAUCCAGCGACGGGCAGCGCCACCGCUGCCCUAGCAGCCACUCCUCCGCCCAGCCGCCAAGGUCAGGCGACGCAUACAAAGCGGACCAGAUCGCGCUGCAAGUUCGGAAACCGAAAGCGCCAAAGACACCGACCUGGCGGCGUGAGCUACGAGCUGGAUGUGACCCAGCCGCCGGCCACCAAGGCCAAUGUGGUGCCCAAGUGGAACAAUGGAUGGAUGUGGGCCGGCAAGGCGUUCCAGGGUGCUGUCUUUCUCAAUAGCGAUGAUCCGCUGGUGCUGCGCACCUGCUACCCGGCCAUGCGGCACGUGGAGGGCGACAUUAUCCGCAUCAGGGACUGUGUGCUGCUCAAGGCCAACGAGGACAAUGAGCUGCCAUAUGUGGCCAAAGUGGCGCACCUCUGGCAGAAUCCCGAGGACGGCGAGAUGAUGAUGUCGCUGCUGUGGUACUACCGACCCGAGCAUACCGAUCAGGGACGGCAGCGCAACGAUUGUCCGGACGAGGUCUAUGCCUCCCGCCAUCGCGAUCACAACUCGGUGGCAUGCGUCGAGGACAAGUGCUACGUGCUCACCUUCAGCGAAUACUGCAGGUAUCGUCGCCGCCUACGUGCCGCCGAGGAGGAUGUGGAAGACGUAAGCAUUGUGCCGCGUCGGCCAAGCAGUGCCACCGCUCUCGGGUUUCCAGUGCGAACGGUGCCGGAACACACCAAUCCGGAGCUGGUGAUGUUCUGCCGCCGAGCCUACGAGUUCCGGACGCGCCGUCUGCUCAAGCUGCCCCAUAAGAACGGGCUCGUGUGCAGCUCCAGCUAGCGCAAGGCAUGAGCCAUUGCGAUCGAGCUCCCGUCAACCCAGGCAACGGAUGAACUGCGGAGUGUAGGAACAUUAGCUUAAAUUCAGAUUGCAGUGGCAAUUGGAGGAGGAGGAGCGUAAGGGAGCGAUAUGCGGAGUGGCGAUGGAGGAAGCCCUGGCAGAGGGAUGGACAAGGAACUCAUAGAGAGAAAGUUACAUUGUUUUGACCAGUCUACAGUAUUGUUAAAGAUAUUUUUUGUCUUUGUUGUUAAGAGAUAUCUGCAAGGAAGGGCCCGGGCUGUGCAUCUGCAUUCGUUGUUCCUAACCAAAUUUCGAUUGCUCUUGUCGCGCCCGUCGUUCGACGUUUCCUGACCCAAGCACAUGCGGACACGGACACGGACACGUACACUACCUCUGUCGGGGCAGGAUAAGGGGCACACAGCCACACCCGGGACCCCAAGUACACCCAGGACACACGCAGACAUACACACAAGCACACACACAAACAUACACCAGACCAAAAUGUAGGCGAAGGCUUUUCACUUAGACGUGAGAAUUUCGAGAGAUGGGAAAGAGAAGAGGGAGAAUGUUGGGAGACAACUGCUAGGCGAAAGCAUUAAAUACUUUACAUUGUAUUACAUAAUUUAUUUAUUCUGACCACACACCCCACCCCCCGCCAACCCUCACACACACGCGGAUAUUUUUGUUAUUAAGUUGUAUGUAUUUAUUAUCAUUAAUAUUGAGUUAGUCAGCAUUCUGUGUACAGUUUUCCGCUCGCUUUUGCUCUAAUCGCUCAAGGAAUUGGUUUAACCUACUACCGACAACCAUAUCCAUUAGCCAAGACCCUUUCGAUGGCCAAAAAGUUAUUUGGUGUGCCACAGAAAUCUCUGCAAACCGACUUGCUGCGAUUUUAAUUGUCUUUUCCCAAAACUAAAUCCAUUUGCUCUGUAGAGAUCUCUGCGGCUUCCCGAAUAAGAACAAGUUUUCUACUUGCUUUUUUUUUUAACUAAAAAGUGUUCGGAUAGUCGUUGAAAUAGUUUUUUUUUUGGUAUAACCGAUUUUUAAAUCGCCAAAUCAAGUCUACCGACUUUAAAUUGUAAUGAUUAUCGCGCAUGCCUGAAAAGAACUUGGAAUAUUCCGAUUAUUAUUUUAGGAAUAGCUGAAUUAACCAUAAUUUUAUAUACUUCACCUACGGUUUCCACUUUUUCCAUUUAUGAGACAUCCUUUUCUGUCGUUUAGUCCAUAAAUUCAGAUGCAUGAAAGACCAGGCUUAACCCCUUGAUGGUCAGGCAAAAACUUAGCGCACAGACAAAACCAAUCUAACUAUAAUUGAACUCUGACAUAAUUGAGAUUUCUGGCUCCAGAGGCGGAAAACUGGAUGAUGGCUUGACAUCGAUUUUUGCUAGGCGCUGUUGGUAUAUUUUUUUAGUUGUUGUUAGUUUUUGUAAGCGAUGGAUGGAACACACAUUUUGUACUCUUGAUUUGACAUUUAUCUUUUGUGUUCGCCUUAGUUUGGAAAUUUGAUUUCAGAGACAUGAGUAAACUAUAUUAUUCAGCUGCAAACAGUUAACGAGAAUUUUUAGGGAAAAUAACAACAUAAACAACAACAAGUCACAUUAUUAUAUUAAUAUAUAUGCAUAAAUAUAUCUACGUAGUUCUAUAUAAACAAAUAUCCUUAUCCAUAAAACAUUUUUUUGUAAUCCUAAUUUAAUUUAGCAGUAGCGUUUUUAGUUGCUAAGUUGAUAUUGCAAAUAGUUUGUUUUAUACCAAAUACACAAAAAACAUUAAGCGAUUCUAAGAAACCUAUUUAUGCACACCCAAACACACACACAUACAUCUAUGCACAAGUGUAUAGUUCUAUAAAUGUUAUAUAUAAAUUACAUGUAUUAUUUUUUAAACCAA